AUGAGCGAGUCCACGCUGCCGGACGGGGCGGAGGAGGAGAGCGCCGCCGAGGCUGAAGGCGCCGAGGAGAGCGAGCCCGCCGAGGCUGCACCGUCGCCCGACAUCCGUCCGGUUCGGGCGGUCCCCGCCGGGAGGCUGCGCCAGUGGCUCGGCGAGCUCUCUCCAGCCGAGGUGGACGAGGGCUCACCGACGCUCGCCGUCCUCUCCUCGCUCGCCCGCGCGGGCUACGAGGGCACCAUCGCCCUUGCUGGGGCGCAGGCCGCUCAGCCACCGCUGCGGCGGCUGCGAGGGCUCGUGUCUGGCUCAAAGCAGCGCUUCCGCCGUGACGGCUUCGACCUCGACUUGACCUACGUCACUCCAACACUGCUCGCGCUCGGCCUGCCCGCCUCAGGCCUGCUGGAGCCGCUGUACCGCAACCCUCUCUCCGAGGUGCGGACCUUCCUCGAGCGCUUCCACGGCCGAGGAGGCUUCACCCUGGUCAACCUGUGCAACGAGCGCGACUACCUCGAUGCCGACUUCCCCUCCGCCGCCGCCGUCCUCCGGUACCCGUCCGAAGACCACCACGCGCCUCCGCUGCAGCAGAUCCUCGCCUUUUGCGUCGCGAUCGACCAGGCCCUCCGCAUCAUCGGGCAUUCCAACGGAGGCAUGGGCGCGGGCGCGGAGUCGGAUGCGCCGGUUGUGGCGGUGCAUUGCAAGGCGGGCAAGGGGCGCACCGGCGUCAUGCUCGCCGCGUACCUGGUCUGGUCGCGCCACGAGGGGUGCGAGGACGCGGGUGCGGCCCUGUCCUUCUUUCGCAGGGUGCGGACGUCCGACGGGGACGCCGUGGUCAACCCAUCGCAAGUGCGGUACGUGCACCACUUCGCCUCCCUCGCCGCCACGCCCGAGGUCGAGCGGCCGCGGCUGCUGCAGGGCGCCCCCGUCACUCUCCUCGCUGUCGGCCUCUCUCGUGUCUCGCCGCCGGUGGUAUGUGCGCCGGAUGACGGGGAGGUGCUGCUGGCGCUGCCCGCGGGCGGGGUGCACGCCUGCGGGGAGGCGGAGGUGGACUUGGUCGACGUGAGCCCCCGGUUCGCCGAGGACUUUGUGCUUUGGCUCUACUACCUCGAGGAGGAGGGGCAGGGGGGGGAGUGA